UUCACUGCGCAUACAGAAGAGAGACAGAUCUCUGAUGCACGUUAACGUCAAUGUUUAUUUUAUGGUUUUUAUCUUGUAAUAUGUUGUGGAUCGGUGUUCAACUUCCUUUUGAGGAAGUUUCCUGAAUGUUUACAGGAGACACAUCUCCGAUGCACCUUAACGUCAUUAACAACUAGUUCAGUUCAGUUCGGUUCUGUAAACACUGCAUAGAAUUUCUGUAAAUGCGUUUGUCACUACCUGUAUUUUUCUGGAGUUAACUUUGUUAUAGAAUGCGGUUGUCCCUCCCAUAUUUUACUGAACUGUGUGUGUACAAACACUAAAGGUGAACUGACAACCGAAUUUAGCUGCAGUGUACGGGGUGGGUUAGGACUGGAUGUGAGAAUCACUGUUGUAGAAAUGCAUGGCUUAUUUUGAAAUUAUAUGGGUUUUAGAUAAGUAGUUCAACUCAGAGGCCAAAGCUGAUGAGAUCCCGCAGUCCUCUUCAGGAGGAACAAAGAGUGGCUUGAGUGGCCGCUGCUUGCUUAUGAUAACAAAUUAGGAUAAAGGUUCAGAUUACUUCAUCUGCUAAACUGCUACUACAUGAAUAUGGCUUGGUUGCAUUUAUUUGACAGUUCAAAUAUCAACAACACUGCCAAUGAAUGACAAAUUAUUAACCGGUCAUGACUGCUUGCAACUGGACAAAGUUCCUCCCACAUUAUAUCUAGCCACUAGCCAGCUGGAAAGUGCUCUGCUUGCUAUCUAUCUGAUAGUAAAUUGCAAAAGCAGUCAGGUGAUAUAUUUGCACAUUGAGAGACGAACAGACACUCAGAGGCUUUCAAUAUCAGGAGAAGACUUUUUGUCUGGAAACAUGCACUUAGCAGUAAUCUUAUGUCUAGUGAUCAGUAUAGUCUGUUGUGCAGCGCUGGAACAGAAUCCGUCUGGGAAAAGCGGUUGGACUGGGAAGCUGUUAGUGGUACCAAUGGAUGGAAGUCACUGGACGGGAGUGAAGGCCGUGGCAGAAGAGAUGGGACGCAGAGGUCACACAGUGAUUGUGGUGAUUCCAGAGAUCAGCAUGCGUUUGGGUCCAGGCAAACACUACAUCACAAAGACGUUUCCGGUCCCUUAUGAGCUGGAGUUGAUUAACAAGAUAUUAACCAAGCAUGUUCGUGAAUUGACAGCACCAGAUCAAUCCCUACUGGAGAGUGUGACUUCAACGUUUAGCAAUAUGAAGAUGAUGUUUAACUUGAUGGCCUCUACAAGCGAAAGUCUGUUCAAGAACCAGGAGCUUAUAGAGUUUCUGAGAGCGCAAAACUUUGAUGCUGUUUUAACCGAUCCAGCCCUACCAAUGGGGGCCAUAUUGGCAUAUAAUCUUUCCGUACCUGCGGUGUACAUGUUAAGGGGAAUGCCGUGUGGUCUCGAUGCUGCGGCAACAGCCUGUCCGGACCCUCUUUCAUAUGUCCCACGUUUCUUGACACAAAACUCAGACCGGAUGUCUUUUGGUCAGCGUGUGUGGAACGUUCUUGUGAGCGUGCUGGAACCACUGGUGUGUAAAGUUUUUUACUUGUCCUAUAAGGAUGUGACAUACAACUUCCUGCAGAGAGAUGUGAGUCUGAUUGAGAUCCUGAGCACUGGAGCUGUCUGGUUGAUGCGGUAUGAUUUCAGCCUGGAGUUCCCCAAACCUCUGAUGCCCAACAUGCAGCUCAUAGGAGGAAUUAACUGUGAAAUUAAGAACCCACUGACGAAGGAGGUUGAGGAAUUUGUCCAGGGUUCUGGAGAGCAUGGUAUUGUGGUGUUCACUCUGGGUUCUCUGGUCUCUUCCAUGCCAAAAGAAAAAGCUGCCAUCUUCUUCAAGGCCUUCAGUAUGAUUCCACAGAGGGUUCUGUGGCGGUAUGCAGGCGAGAUCCCUGAUAAUGUCCCUGAAAACGUGAAGCUGAUGAAGUGGCUUCCGCAGAAUGACUUGCUUGGUCACCCCAAAGCAAGAGCCUUUAUCACUCAUGGUGGGACGCAUGGAAUCUAUGAGGGCAUCUGUCAUGGUGUGCCCAUGGUGAUGAUUCCCCUGUUUGGUGACCAGGGUGACAACGUGCACCGCAUGGCAACUCGAGGGGUGGGAGUGAUCCUCAGCAUCCAUGACAUCACUGCACAAACACUGUUCGAUGCUCUCAACACAGUUAUUAAUGACACCAGCUAUAAGCAAAGAAUGGAGAAGCUGUCGGCCAUACACAAUGACCGUCCCGUGCAGCCCCUGGAUCUCGCAGUCUUCUGGACAGAGUUUGUUAUGAGACACAAGGGGGCAGACCAUCUGAGACCUGCUGCCCAUGACCUCAACUGGCUUCAGUACCACAGUCUGGAUGUGAUUGGCUUCCUGCUUUUUAUUGUACUGAUAGUAACUCUAGCAACAUUUAAAUGUUGUGCACUGUGCUGGAGACGCUGCUGUAGAAAAACACAGAAGAGGAAGGAAGACUGAUCGUAAAGAAAAUAAAAAGCGGCAUUGCUUAUAAAAGCAUACCAUAUCUACAUCUACCAUUUUGGUUUCAGAAUAAUAAAGUCGUGAGAAGUCUGAAUUCCAUCAGCUGACAACUGAGCCAAAGUUUUUUUAAAGCCGCAGUUUUGUAAACAGGGAUCAUCAAUAUUUUGAAGCAGUUCCAUCUGUAAAGAUUUUGUUUCUUAAGAUAUUAGUUUCACAUUCUUUUAUUUUGAUAUUACCAACCACUACUUACCUAUAAUUAUAGUCACUCGCAUAUAUAUAUAUUAUCCAGAAUGCAAAAAAAAAUAAUAAUAAUAUUAUAUAUAUAUAUAUAUAUAUAUAAUAUUCUUUUUUUUUUUUUGCAUUCUGGAUAAUGGAAUUCUCUUACGUUAAUUAGGAAGGAUAGAUACUGUGUUGAAUAUGACACAAAUGAAAUGCUGUGAAACAAACGUAUAAGCUUGUCUAAUUUUAACAACCAAUGUUUUCUGGGGGGAUUUUCCCAGCUGAAAUAUGUAUCUGUUUCAUGAACUGAAUUGCUUGAAGUCUUUUCAAUAAUCUUUUUUUUCCCUUAGAUUUUUCUUUUAAUUUUUCUUCUAAUGUUCAAUUAAAUUACCACCUCAAAUCAAGUUUGUAUAAAAGGAAGUUUUUUUGUUGUGCACUUGUAUGAUUUGAAAAAUCACACUCUGAACUGGAAAAAAUAAAAUCCUAAAAUAUAAAUGUA